GAUCACUGAGCAAACAGAGAUCCGUGGCCAGCUGGACUUUCGUGAGGAAGAGUGCGUUCCCGUGCCGCUCAAUGAGGUGGAGCCGGCUGUUGAGAUCGUGAAGCGGUUCUGCACCGGUGCCGCAUCCUUUGGAUCUAUCAGUGAUGAGGCACAUCGAGCCAUGGCCAUCGCCAUGAAUCGAAUUGGCGGAAAGAGCAACACGGGCGAAGGUGGUGAGGACCCGAUGCGUUUCACUCAACUGGAGCCUGGAGAGUUUGAAGCCGGUGCCGUGAAAUGGGACAUUGUCGGAGGGGAUACCUUCCGCUCCAAGAUCAAGCAGGUGGCGUCUGGACGCUUUGGUGUGACCGCCGAGUAUCUGGCGAACGCAGACGAGCUCCAGAUCAAGUUGGCCCAGGGCGCCAAGCCUGGUGAGGGUGGCGAGCUGCCAGGCUACGCCUGGGGUGGGGCUGAUCUCCCCUCCGCCGCACCACGAUAUGUACUCCAUUGA